CUUACACGCGUUGAGCCUUUGUCGCCACUGCUAGGUGAUACGUCCGCGAUCAUCGCCGCCAUGGCAGAGCCGGCGAGUCCUCUCGCCAACCGCGACGAACCCAUCCCCGUCAUCCGCAUUGGAGAAGGCGGCGAAGACACGUCUGAUGCGGAGAGCGACCAGGCGACCACCCGACGACAACGAGACCGACUGCGGGAGCGUGCGAUUCGCAGUUCGAGUCGGCUCCGCGAGAAGUUCGAGGGCGACAGUGAGGGCGGCGGCGGCGGCGGACGACAGAGCUUACAGGACCGCCUUUUCAACAGCGUCCUCAGCCAAAUUUUGCCGUCUCCGCCGCCCCAGCUCGACAGCCCCCAACACGAUCUUGAUGCCGGCUACGACGAAGGCGAUGACGGCGAUGCUGAUGCACCGCCGAGGAAGAAAGACCGGCGGAGCAAGCAUUAUGUGGACAAGCCUGAGUUCGGGCCGCGACUCAUGACAUACAACUUCCGCCGCUUCAACGCGCGCAUUGGCGUCGUGUUCGUCUUCGAGAACAUGCUCAUCCGGCUGUUCUCGUGGCGCCAGACGACCGCAACGCUGUCCUUCCUGGCGGUUUAUACUCUCAUAUGUCUUAAGCCUCACCUACUUGCGGUGCUGCCAUUGGCUCUGCUGCUCUUUGGCGUGAUGCUGCCGUCUUUCCUCGCUCGACAUCCGACGCCUGCCAACGACCCUCGCAUCGAACCCAGCUACCGCGUUCCAGCGACUGCGCCUGCCAGCCGGGUCAAGCCCGCGCCCGACUUCAGCACCGAUUUCUGGCGCAACAUGCGCGAUUUACAAAACAGCAUGGAGGAUUUUAGCCGGCUGCACGAUGCUGCGAAUGACUACGUCACACCGUACACGAAUUUCAGUGACGAGACGCUGAGCUCGGGCGUUUUUCUCAUGCUCACCACAUUGAGCAUCGCGGCAUUUGUAGGCAGUAGUCUGGUGCCAUGGAGGGCAGUCGCGCUGCUGGGAGGCUGGGCGGCUGUACUGUCGGGUCAUCCUCAGGCGCAGAAGGCGCUUCUUACUACGAAAAACCUCAAGCAGCUGCGACAGCAUGUGCACUUGCUCCAGAGCACGCUACGACACUGGGUUGAGCGCGACAUUGCCAUGGACGAGCCUGCCGAGCUGCGCCAAGUGGAGAUAUUUGAGCUGCAGAAGCAUCACGCAGGAAGCAAGACGUGGGAGUCGUGGCUGUUCAGCCCAUCACCCUACGAUCCGCUCUCACCUCCGCGCAUCGCAGAUAUUCGUCCGAAAGGUACGCAAUUUUUUGAGGAUGUACGUCCCCCGCAUGGGUGGCAAUACAAGGAGAAGAAGUGGACCCUUGAUCUGUUUAGCAGAGAGUGGGUGGAAGAGCGGAUGAUUACUGGAGUUGAGAUCGAGACUGCGGGCGAGAGGUGGGUAUAUGAUAUCCCGCCCGAGGAAGUGGAGCUUUUGGAAAGUCUUGGUAGUCCUGGUAGUACCAAGGACAAGCACAAGGCGAGGAAUAUCCCCAGAAGUGGGUGGGAAGAGGGAACAGGACAUGAGCGGCGUGGAGAAUGGAGACGUAGGCGAUGGACGAGGCUUGUAACGAAGAAGCGAAGCAAUGAAGAUGAAGACGAAGACAAGACGCAAGACUGAUUCGUCUACAUUCUGACACAUGUACCUGAGAUAGCAUCUACGAA